GAACUGUAGCCCUGACAUUGGCCGGUCUCACUCGGUUCAGGAUGUGGAAGUUCGCGAUUCUUGCUUUGAUCUCGCUUUGCGGCGCUGAGCUGAACCCGCUUUUGGAAAAGCUGACUAAUGGAAGACAGAAAAGGCUAUUGUUUUUUGAUGAACAAGGAACUUUGGUUAAAACCUACUCUAACCCAUAUCAAUACGGAAAUUCGAUAGAAGAAAAGAACCCACUCCUGUUGAACUUUUUAAAUCCGUUCUACAGCGUGUUACAACCUAACCUAUUCGGAUCAACAAUCGCCUAUGCCAUACCCGUAUCUGAGGCAGUUCUCCAUCAGAUCCACAUAGACCCAUUGUAUCACAACAAACUAAUUAUCCUAUCAACCCAUCACCCGGUGGUUGAAUCAUCUCCUUUAUGUGCUGGAAGACGUACUCAAAUACCUUCUCCAAAGCUGUGUAGUAACUUCCUAAACUGUUGGGAUGGCUGGGCCUUUGAACAGGAGUGUCCUGCUGGCUUGCUGUUUUCUAAAGAAGGGUACUGCGACUAUGCUUACAACGUGGAUUGUAGCAGCCGACUUAUGAAAGAACCCCAGCCUGCAUGUAACAAAGACUUUGAGGCAUUUAAAAAUAAUGCAAAUUGCAAUGAAUUUUUCGUCUGCGUGCACAGAUAUCCUGUGAGGUUCCAGUGUCCAGCCGAUCUUGCUUAUAAUGAGGAACUGGGCGUAUGCGACUAUCCAUCCAAAGUGAACUGUACCACACAUAUAAGCGCGGAGGUACCAACCACAGCACCUAUCGAGCUGACCACAGUUCCAACAUCCAAUGAACUGAACAUUCCAGCCAGUACCACUACCAGUACUCCUGACAAGAAUAUGGUGAUCAGCCAUACGGAAUUUAAUAGCCACAGUUGGAAAUCCCUACAAGUAGCGAUGUCUCGCCAAGAAGCUAUAAAACAACUCCAACUCGGGCAAAUAGCACACAUUAACACUGGUUAUUCUCAGCAGUAGUACACAUAAUCUCCAUACUCGGUAGCAUGUUUACAAGGAAGUGUAUACCACGCCUUAUUUGAUUAACCUGGAUCUUUCUCUUACGUUUCCAAUAAAAAAGGUUGGUCUAGAAUGCAUUUAACCAGUUUAUUAUAUGCGCUCUAUAUUUAUAUCAGUGAUGAAUGAUACCAGUGUAAAACUCAGUGUAAACUAAGGUUUAUUCUCUUUAUCUGAAUAUGUUUAAAAUUUUAUAAUACACUACCAAGGAGAUGUAAACUCUUUCGAAUUUUGUGUCAGUAUUAAUAAAAUUAAAGCUUGUGUA